AGCUGCCCCGGUUGGUUCCAGUUUCUGGAGCUGGGCUGGGGAAGUCUCAAGUGGCCCUGGGCAGUGUUUUAAGGAGGAGGGGGGAGACGAUCGGCCCGAGGAAAACGUGGCUUGUUGCUGCUGCCAGGGGCGUUAGCCCAGUGUGCCGUCGGGGCGCACUAGUCAAAUUCCGAUGUGUCUUACGUAAAAGGAAAACGUGCAGGAUAAAAGUACCCCAGUAUAAGAUUAGUGCUUUGAGUAAAAGUUUUCCAACGCGGAUCGCGCUCCUCAGUUAUAGUAACCAUGGUAAAGAAGUCUCUUGAUUCCGUUCUCGGUAGUUGUAGAGGGGCAGAACAGUUAAGAUUGAUUCUACUUUUAAGUGACCUCAACAGUGCCGAGCCCAUUCAUUAUAUAGAAUGUGUAGAAGUUCGAACGUUGAAGAAAAGAGCCACCGGGGAGUGGCAAAGAGAACUUGAUUUGAUACGGACCUGAUAUUGGGUACCUUCAGUUGCUCUAGGUCGUAACCAGCCUUUGAAAAAGGAGAAACCAAAAUGGAAAAGUGAUUAUCCCAUGACAGAUGGACAACUGCGCAGCAAGAGGGAUGAAUUUUGGGACACCGCACCAGCUUUUGAAGGUCGGAAAGAAAUCUGGGAUGCCUUGAAGGCUGCUGCACAUGCUUUUGAAAGCAAUGAUCAUGAACUGGCACAGGCAAUCAUUGAUGGUGCAAACAUAACACUACCACACGGUGCACUGACGGAGUGCUACGAUGAGCUGGGGAACCGGUACCAGCUGCCAGUCUACUGCUUGGCGCCACCCAUCAACAUGAUAGAGGAAAAGAGUGACAUAGAGACUCUGGACAUCCCUGAGCCACCUCCCAAUUCUGGACAUGAAUCUCAGCUCCGUCUGCGCCUCUCCACAGGCAAAGACCUCAAGCUUGUGGUGCGCAGCACAGACACGGUGUUCCAUAUGAAGAGGCGCUUACAUGCCACAGAAGGGGUGGAGCCAGGCAGCCAGCGGUGGUUCUUCUCUGGCAGGCCUCUCACUGAUAAGAUGAAGCUGGAGGAGCUGAAGAUCCCAAAGGACUAUGUGGUGCAGGUUAUUGUGAGCCAGCCUGUGCAAAACCCAACACCAGUGGAAAACUGAGCUGGGCUUGCCUGCUUCCCAGAUCCCUUGGCUCCUUUUUAUUACCAUUUCCUACUCUAUGACGUGAAAUUUAUUUUCACUGCUCGGAAUUCCCUAUGAAUGGAUUUAGUUCUGAGGAAUUACCAGUGAAAAAUUCCAUCUGUGAUGGAGACCAACAAAAAUAAUAAAACACACAGAGCCAGCCUCUGGGACUCUUAA